CGAAAACGCAAAUUCCACAAAGACCCCGAACACGAGAUUCCCUCGAAUUCCGCUGACUCUGCAGAUUUCGCAUGGCCAUCUGAGACACUUGGGUUGACAGGUGUAGGCCCAUGGCAAGAACUGUUUGAAUGGUCAGGGACUAUUUCAAAUGAAACAAAAUGACUAGUACAGCAAUUCAUGACAUUGAUAAGACGAAUGUACCGGAUGUUAGCCCUGUGAGUGAAUUAUUACACCUGAUCCGUAAGUACGAGGAGCAGGAAUGUGUCCCCUUCAUCACUGGUGACACGUUUGGUCUUCCGGGGUUGGCAAAAAAGUCUGGUUUGCAUCUUGUAGAAGCAAAAGCUGUGCAGUUCCCUCCAGAAGAUGAACGAGAUGAAGACAUUUUUGAUAACUACGAUCUGCAGCUGAAAGUGAAAAUCCGCGCGGAUACAAAUGUGUUUGGUAGCAGUUCAGAUGAGAAAAGAAAGCUGCUACGUAGCACGAAACAAUGGUUGUGUGGUCGCCACAAAGAAUACACGAAAAUUCUUGAUCAAGAAGUAACGAAAUCAGAAGCUACGUUCCAUGAAGUGAGUGCAAAUGUGCUUGUAGAAAGUUACAUUGGUCAUGAUUUUAUUGGGGAUGUAAAGGAUUCGCCAUUUUUUCACGAUUUUUGGAAUAAGUACAUGAAUAAGAUUAUCACAGAGGGUGUUUGUUAUGCAAAGAACAUGGUACCUGAUAAUUUGAGAAAAAGUCUACAAAAACAUAUUGACGAAUUGGCUCAAAAGACUCCAGUUGACUACCAUCCCAAUUCAAAUGAUAUUGUAAGAGAUCUGGUUCACCCAGCCUUGUACCCGUAUAUCAAAGGUGUCAGUAAGCUCGAUAAAGGUGCGAAAUUGCCGCCGAAACUUCCUGAAGAAAAGAGUGAUUUUUGGGGACGUGAUUACGAGGAAUCGAAGUUUCAAUGGCUCCCAACACCAUUUAAAAUAACUAGCGAAAGAAAAUGCCUUGUACAAGAAUACAUCAACAAUCUUGACCAAGCCAUAUUUUCUGAUUUGUACCGAGAUUUGGAAUCAUUGUUUGAAAUUUGUUUACCUUUUUUCGAAGAAGUUUUGUCAUAUGCCAAAGCAAUGGAGUUUUUUCAAGGAGAUGAUCAUGACCAUGGAGAUGAAUCUGAUGAAAAUCCUACACUGGAAAAAGAAUCUGUGUCUUUCAGUGGACAAGAAUUACAAAUAAUAGUGAAAAUUGUGGAGUACAAACUCCAGCCUGGUCAGUCUUAUGAGGGUGUGUGGCAUGCAGAAGGAAUGUCACAUGAAAAUAUUGUCAUGACAGGCAUUUAUUUCUUGGAUAGAGAUACUUCAAUCGAGGGCGGGGAUCUAAGAUUCAAACGGGCCUUCACAGCUGCCGAAAGGAGGAAGAUCUUUUGGAAUGUGCCUCAAGAUCGUCCUACAGUAGUUAACCAGUUUGCUGCUGAAGGUUUCAUGCCGCUUGGAUACUUCCCAACAGCUGAUGGCUACCUACUUGUUUUCCCCAAUUGCCACAUCCAUAAGAUAUCAAAGAUGGUCAACAUGGCAGAAAAGGAAUCGGCCAGCCGUCGUAUCGUUGUGUUUUUCUUUGUCAACCCCGAGAGAAAGAUUGUAUCAACGAAGGAGGUACCCCCACAGCAAAAUGUUAUUACCUUAAAAUCAGCAAAAGAUUAUCGCCUGGAGCUAAUGGCAGAACGCAAAUAUGACAAGGCGAAACUAAAUGUACGGGACAUCGAACUCUGUGAACACUAAAAAUGUCUUAAAAUGUUAUAUUUUGUCUUUUGUCGUUUUAACUUUCAGAUAUACUUUUUAGUGAAUGUUUUCUGUAAUCAGAAAGCUCUAUAUAUAUAUAUAUAUUCAUCCUUAUGAUUUGAGAUCAAGAUCAAAACAGAACUCUUUUUGAUGGAGUGGGUUAGGGUGGUUUUUGGUUGUGCUCAAAAUCGGCACAAAGAAACUUGUGAAUGCAUAAACUUGCGAAUUCACAACAUAUCAGGAUAUUUUCGUAAACCUGCACUUUUAUACUCAAGGUAAAUGUUUUUGUUAGAAUUCUUUUCUUUGUUUGA